UACAGCUCAUCACCCGCCACGUGGCGCACGAAAACGGGAAACGUGGACUGGGCCCACACGGAAAUAAAAUAGAAAGAGAAAGGAAAAAGUUAGGCGUGUAAAUAGUUUCUGGUCCCUCAAUUCACAAUUAUCUACAAUUUCGCCCCCACAAUUGGUUCUCGUUCCUUCCAAAUCUCGAAACGACUUUUCUUCCAUCAAACUUAAUACACAAGCAAAAUUACCAUUUAUUAUUGUAUAUAUAUAAACUCAACAGCCACUACUACUUCCAAAAAGUCUAUACCGCGAAUCCGACCUUUUUCAGUUUCCUCUGUUGCCGCUUCCGUCGUUUAACCGAUAUUUUGACAAUCACUGCCCUAAACCCUAACCUCUUUUUUCAUUUUUUUUUUCAUUUUAAUUUUGUUUUAUUCCUGGAUCUGUUUUCGUUUUUUUCUUUGUACUAUACUUGAAAUUGAGUGAAAAAAGUAGGAUUUUUUAUGAAUAGAUAGAUACUGUUUGUACUAGAUCUGGGGGAGUUUCUUCGGAUGGAAGAUUAGAUUCCAAUUCGAUAUUUGGUUUAUUGGAUUGGAAUUUGGAGAAUUUUGGAAAUCAGCGUUUUUUGGAAGGAAGGCUUCGGAAGUUGGUUAUGGAAUGAGUGAACUUUCCUUCACAGCUUUCCGUGAUACGAGACGUCGAAUUACGGGUGAUUGUGGAUGGGGGAGGGGGAAGUGAAGUUUGGGUGGUUUUUUAGCCCUACAGUAUGAUGGAAGCUGAAUCAAAGAGUGGUCAGCUUUGCAUAGGGAAUGGUGCCGAGGCAGAGUCAUGGGUGGAGGAGGCAGCAAAAGAACAGUGUGACGAUACUGAAGUGAGACGUUGUGCAGAAACCGAGGCUAUGGAUGUUGGGAAUGAUACAGAGUGUUGUAUGUCGGUGCAGGUAAUGAAUGGGGCAGUGGGUAACGUGGAAUCAAACUGCUGUGCUGGCAGUGAUAAGAAGGAAGUCUCGAACAACGUUGAACCACAUCCUUGUCUUGAAAGCCACAUGGAAAAUGAUGUUGAUGUUGCUGAAUCAGAAUUUGUCACCGAAAUUAAGUUGAAAGAAGCCGAGGACUGUGUGGAGUCAGAACCUUGCACUGAAACUUAUGCACAGGAAGCUUUGAGUAGUGCGGAGGUAGAAUCCAUUACCGAUAAUCACAAAGAAGCAUCGGAAGAGCAUUGCAUGGAGAAAAUAGCGAAGGAAGUACAAAAUGACGCAGAAGCCGAGCCAAAGGAAGUAGUAAAUGACACUGAAAUGAAACCACUUGCGGAAAAUCAUGCAGUGAAAAUGUUGAGCAAUGAUAACUUCGAGGUAUUAUCUAGUAGCAAUGAGGUGAAAGAAGUGGUUAGUGAUUUUGGCUUGGAUUGUCCGCCUAAAAACCAAGUGAAAGAGCCAGCUAAUGAUGAUACACACUCUGAAGUUUCAAAUCCAAAUCUUUCCCCGCAGCAUGUUACCUCAAAUUUGACCCUUUGCAGUCAACCACUUGAUGCACGUGGUGAUCAUGUUGGUUGUGGAGAGAUUACAUCUGCUUGUUCCCAGGGUUCAUCUGCUGAUGUGAAUUUCAGUGAGGAAGAGCACAAUAAUUGCAAAUUGGAAUCGGUUUCACCAUCUUGUGUGGUGCUUGAAAUUCCAAAGAAUGUUAGGCCCACGGGUAUUAGGAAGAUCACAUUUAAGUUUAGUAAACGGAAGGAGGUUAAUGAUAAUCAAUUAUCUGUGACUGCUACUGAAUGUUUAACCAAUAAUGGCCUUCAAAAUCACGGGUGGGCUUUAGGAAACUCGGAAUUGAAUCAUUUCGCGCAAAGUCCUUCCGCAUGUGUCCCCAACAGGGAACUGAAAAUGUCCAAGAAAAUAGUUCCAGAUACUUACCCUACAAAUGUAAAAAAGCUUUUGUCAACUGGAAUUUUGGAAGGAGCCAGGGUGAAGUAUAUUUCAUUAUCAGGCAUGAAAGAGAUUCCAGGAAUCAUCAAGGAUGGUGGUUACCUAUGUGGUUGUUGUGUUUGCAACUUCUCUAAAGUGGUUAGUGCGUAUGAGUUUGAACACCAUGCUGGUGCCAAGACUAGGCACCCGAAUCAUCAUAUAUAUUUGGAGAACGGGAAGCCUAUUUACAAUAUAAUUCAAGAACUGAGGACUGCUCCUCUCAGCAUAAUAGAUGGCGUCUUAAAAGCUGUGGCAGGUUCUUCUGUGAACGAGGAGUACUUCCAGGUGUGGAGAGCAAAUCUCCAAUAUGGAAAUGACGUGGCCCGUGCAGAUAGUUUAUACCAAAGCAAGCAUUUUAGCACAUAUCACCCCACCAACAGCUAUGGCAGUCAUCCUACUGAAGAUAACCCGUGCCCUGCUUCAUGUCGACAAAUCUGUAUAGACACGCAAGUAGAUCGGAAGCGUCUGAUCAAGAAGCCGAAGCAAAAUGUUUCUAGCUCAUUUUGGGAACAAAAGAAAGCUGCUGAAGGUGGCAAUAAAAAGAGGGACAAUGAUCUUCAUAAAUCACUUUUCAUGCCAAAUGGACUGCCUGAUGGGACAAGUUUGGCCUAUUAUUCUAAAGGAAAGAUGAUUCUUGGGGGUUACAAGCAGGGGAACGGUAUAGUCUGUAGUUGUUGUAACACAGAGAUCAGUCCUUCCCAGUUUGAGGCUCAUGCUGGAUGGGCAGCGAAACGUCAACCCUAUCGUCAUAUAUAUACAUCUAGUGGGUUGACACUUCAUGAUAUAGCUUUAAUGUUGGCAAAUGGACAAAGUCUUGCCGCCAGUGGCAGUGAUGAUAUGUGUGCUGUAUGCGGAGAUAGAGGUGAACUUAUUAUAUGCAAUGGCUGCCCUCGAGCAUUUCAUGCAGCUUGUUUAGGCUUACAGUGUCUCCCUGCCGAUGAUUGGCACUGUUCAUACUGCAGAGACAAAUUUGGUUCUGGUAGAAAAGCAUCUGGGGAGUCUAGACAUAUCAUCCUUAGGCUAAAGAGAGUUGUUAAAGCACCAGAAUUUGAACCUGGUGGCUGUAUUAUCUGCAGAUCGCAGGCCUUUAGUGCUGUGAAGUUUGAUGACCUCACAGUGAUUAUCUGUGAUCAGUGCGAGAAGGAAUAUCAUGUUGGUUGUCUGCGUGAGUCUGGGUUGUGUGAUCUGAAAGAACUUCCUGAGGAUAAAUGGUUUUGUUGUGAUGACUGCUAUAAGAUUUUUGAAGCACUUCAGAAUUUGGCUUGCAGUGGACCUGAGUUAAUUCCAGCUUCAGUGGUAACUACUGUAUACAAGAAGCAUGCAGCAAUAAGUUUAAAUAGUUGGUCUGAGAAUGAGAUCGAGUGGCGUAUUGUAAAUGGAAAAAGUCACUAUGCCGAACAUUUGUUGCUACUUUCUCGUGCUGCAGCAAUCUUUCGCGGAUGCUUUGACCCUAUUGUUGCCAAAUCUGGUCGUGAUCUUAUCCCAGUUAUGGUGUAUGGAAGGAACAUAUCUGGGCAAGAUUUUGGUGGGAUGUACUGUGUGGUUUUAACUGUAAAGUCCGUUGUUAUAUCAGCUGCUCUUCUGAGGAUAUUUGGAAGAGACAUUGCUGAACUUCCUUUGGUGGCUACUGAUAGAGAAAAUCAAGGAAAGGGCUAUUUUCGAGCACUUUUUUCCUGCAUCGAAAGGCUUCUGUCGUCCAUGAGUGUGAAACACCUGGUACUCCCAGCUGCUGAAGAAGCUGAACCUAUGUGGACAAAUAAGCUAGGCUUCAGGAAGAUGAGCAAUGAACAAAUGCUAAGGUACACAAGGGAUUUCCAGCUAACAAUUUUCAACGGGACAUCCUUGUUAGAAAAAGAAGUAUUACAGUAGCAGGCCGAGAAAUCUCUGAAUGUGGUGGUGGAGGACCAGAGUCAGAUACAGUUACAUCCCUUGAUUGAUUGUCACUUGACAGCCCCACUUUGCGCAAUGGAUAUCUGAUGUCGGAAAACAAGGUGGAGCUGUAAUUUAAAGCAAGGACGGGGGCAAAGUUGGCAUUUCGCGGAAGAUCAAGACUCUAAGCUGGCUUCAUUAGUAAAAUAGAGGGACAAGAAUAGUGAAAUAAUACAUCCCCAAAUUCUCCAGGCAUGCUGCUCUUUUAAUUUGCAUGCACAACGAGCUUCUUUUUUCACAGGGUGAUUAGUUUGUAGGACGUACGUACGUACACUAGAAUGUUUUCGUUUUAUUUUGAUACGUACAUUACAACGUAGCUAUUAUAUCUUCUUCAUUGAGGAAUUUGCUUAAGGUUUUUCUUUUCACAACAAUUAUUUUACAGUUUGUGAAUUAGUAAUAGAUUUCAGUGAGUGUUUGUAAUUUAAAUAAUGUCAGAUAUACUUUCAGGGAA